AUCGCGUCUAAUGGGCGUGUACCGGAGCGCAGAUUCAGCACUAGAGACUGAUGACCUGAGCAGGAGACGCUCUUUGUGGCUUGAUGACAAUAAUCUGUGGAAUAUAUUGUGGGAAAAGCAGUGAACAGAAGCUUUGAGUGUUCCAGAUGACAACCACCACCACUUAUCAAGGCAUGGAUCCGACCGGGAGGAGCAGCUCCAGAGUGCUGCGUCCACCUGGUGGAGGUUCAAACAUCUGCUUUGGCAACGAUGAAGACAAAUCUGUGAAAAAACACAAAAUGGCAUCUAGUAUAUUUGCUGAACCCGAGGACCCGCAUGCCCAUCGGAGGAACAAUCCACCAGGUGGGAAACCUACAGGUGUGUUGUGUGGAGAGCCAUCUGCCCCGCUCAGAAGGUGUACUGCUCAACCAGUCAACCAAAGUAGCACCACACUCGACAAUGUACCUGUGAAUGGCGAUGAAGACUCAGUCAAUGUUGAUAGCACAGAAGAACCUAAAGCUGUUGAGGAGCAGCAUGACACACCAGCUCCACCUUGCCUCUCUGCAACAGAGCAGCCUGCAGCUGGCCUUCCUUCUGGCCGUAGAAACCCACCAGGGGGCAAAUCUUCUCUCAUCUUAGGCUAAAGAUUUGCUGCACUUAAGGAUAAGAUCUGGGCCCAUGUGAAACGAGCAUCUCAGAGUAAAUGUGCUGUUCUGUAUUCAGUGCUCAUCCUCUGCAUAACUAUUCAUAAGCCACAAAGAACUGAUUCAGAUCAGGGCAAUUUAGUCAGAGAGGUGUGCCACAAAUCUCUGAGCUUUGAUUCAUUCAAAGAAUGUCUUU